GGAAUUCACAUGAGAUUACAUGGAAUCUUAGACUUCUUUUAUCAACAUUCUUUUGCAACCAUAAAGAAAAAUCUUGACCAACUACCAUUCAUAUUGAUUCAUAAUUUUGGGCUUUUCAAGUAGAUGAGUAAAAGUAAAGCCCAAAAAGAAACCCCAAUUGAACACACUCCAAUCUUCUUCCUUCCCCACCACCACACCUUAUCCUCCACCUCCUCUUUCUCUUACACAGAAGCAAAAACCAGCAUAUACCCUUCCCCCAUUCCAUGGAUCCUUCUGAUUCUUCUUCUUCUACUUCUUCCUUUUGAAUUUCCCUUCUUUUUUAAACACACACAAAAAUCAGAACCUUCAAACACAAAUCCCACCUCCAUCAAUGGCUGUUUAUUCCUCAGCUAGACCCACCACUCUCUCCUUCCAUCUCUCCCAACCUUCCCUUCCAAUUCCCAGAUUCAACUUCAAACCCCCCAUCCCCGCCACCGCCGCCAUUCCGCCGUUGCUGAGAUCAUCUGCGGCGAGACCCAUCUCCAUUUUCACCCUCAACUCCAUCGACGUCUCUAAGGAAGACAAACCCACCUCUGAUGACCCAAAUACGCCGGUGCCACUGCCGGUUGUGGCGGUUGAAGAGGAGGAGGAGAAGUUUGAUAAGCGACGGCUGGAGGAGAAAUUUGCAGUGUUGAAUACAGGAAUAUAUGAGUGCAGGUCAUGUGGACAUAAGUUCGAUGAGGCGGUCGGGGAUCCGACGUAUCCAAUAGCGCCGGGACUGCCGUUCGAGCAGCUGCCGGAGGACUGGCGGUGUCCGACGUGUGGGGCGGCAAAGAGCUUCUUUGAGAGUAAGAGUGUGGAGAUUGCUGGGUUUGCUCAGAAUCAGCAGUAUGGACUUGGAGGGAACACUUUGACUUCUGGGCAGAAGGCUGUGCUUAUAUAUGGAAGCUUGUUCUUCUUCUUUGCUCUUUUCCUCUCCGGCUAUUUCUUACAAUGAUGGAUGAGAUUGGAUUCAUCAAUCAGGUGGAUUGAGUAAAAUUUAUAAGGGAGUUUGUGUAUCAUGUUUGGUGAACUCCAAAUUCUUACUGAAUUCUUUGUGUUGACAAAACAAAAGGCAAAUCAUACUGUUGAAUUAUAUAUAAACUUCACUCUUAAUCUUCUUCAUCUUGGUGAAGUCAAUGGAUUCGACAAUGUAAUAAAGUCAUUUUCCAUAUGGUCAGGUAAAGAGAUAAACACAGCUUUUGGAUUCAUGGCGAACCACCAAAAUUUUGGGGUAAAAACUUACGAUUAUAUUGAGAGUGACACCCACACUUCCAUCUUUUAUUAUA